AUGUCUUCAAGUAUUACUGUUGUGAAUAGGAACCGGACUCUUCCCCCGCUGUUGCUUCCGGAUCUUAGAUCGGUCCACGAAAGGCACCCAUACGUCGGACCUCAAAUGUUGAGUGGUUUGAAACGGACCAAUGGUAGCGAUCUCGAAAGUCUUGCCAGUGUGGCUACAAAACGUUUGAAACUGUCUUCGCAUUUGGUCACACCUCCUCCUACUGCACCUGUCAGUGCUGCGAUUUCGCCUUCGCCUAGCUAUGUCACUUUCGAGGAGACAACUACCACCAAUAAUAAUAAUAAUAAUAGUAAUAAUAAUACUGCACAGCGUAAAGGGACAUCCCCGCCGCCCGAGGGAAAAACUACUGCAAAGAGACAAAGGAUCGGUCCUAGCUGUGAUGAGUGUCGGCUUAAAAAGAUUAAAUGUGAUGCAUCGAUCGAGAUCUUGUUACAAGACGAUGCCUUGAUUGAACAAGUGUCUGAGCAACUGCAUCAUGUUUUCACGCCUGAGGAAGUAAGGGCACAAAGUGAAACGAUCUUGAAAAAUGUUUCGCUUCCUGAGUUGGACGAGUCAACGGUGUUGAUCAAACACAUCGAUAAGAUCGUUUUGUUUAGACCUUGUACUUCAUGCCGUAAACGCAGGGCUACCAACACGCAGCCAACUUGUUGUCUCUUUUCCAAAGGUUUCACGAGAGCGGAUAUUAACGUUUUCUCGAGGAUCGCUAGCAGGAUCAAGGGUAAGAAAAUGGCUGAAAUGGAUGUCCAUGAUUAUAGGGCAGCCGGUUUUUAA